CUUUCCACAUCUUGUAUCAACAAAGAUACAAUGACUACUACCAUUACUACCCUGUUGGCCAUUGCCUCUCUGCCUCUGGCAGACCUUGUCAGUGCAGAAAGAGUCCUGGGUGCUUACAUCUUCCAGCGACAUGGAGAUCGUACCGCCAAGGGUCUUCCACCUACACAGUUGACAGAUCUUGGGUACAAUCAAGUAUACGAGACCGGUAACUUCUUCCAUGAGCGGUACAUCUCGGCUAGCUCUCAGGAUCAUAUUGAGGGCAUCAGCUCUAGCGUUGUCAAUCUAGCCCAGAUCAGUGCCACCGCACCUCAGGAUACUGUCAUUCAGAUCUCCGGUCAAGCCUUCCUGCAGGGUCUAUAUCCGCCCAUUGGUACGGCUGCGAACGAGACUCUUCGCAAUGGAACUACCGUCUACUCCCCUCUGAGUGGUUACCAGCUCAUCCCCAUGGGAGACGUGCAGUCUGGUUCUAGCAGUGAAGACAACACAUGGCUUCAAAGCACCUCGGAAUGCAACAACGCCGAGGUGAGCAGUAACGACUAUUACUACUCGAGCCCAUACCAAGAGCUGCUCUCUAGCACAAGCAGCCUCUAUAAGUCUCUCGAAUCUGACCUCAACAAUACCAUCUCCUCAAGUGGUCUCAGCUUCAAGAAUGCAUUCACCAUCUGGGACUUGCUGAACGUUGCUUCUAUUCACAAUGCCUCCAGCAACAUCCCAUCCGAUCAAGUGAUGCAAGAACUGCUGGUCCUGGCCAACACUCAUGAAUUCAGUCUCGCAUAUAACAGCUCAGAGCCCAUUCGUGCAGUUGCGGGUAUGACGCUGGCAGGCGAAGUGUUGACAGCCUUGAACAGGACCAUCAGCUCUGGGGGCAAGUCCAAACUUAACAUCCAAUUUGGCGCAUACGCAACCUUCCUAGCUUACUUUGGAUUGUCUGGGCUCGCCAACGAUGUGGAAUUUACUGGAAUGCCCGUCUACGCGUCUUCGAUGGUAUGGGAGCUCGUCACCAACGCAUCUGGCACCGGGAUGCCCUCGGAGUCUGACAUCAACGUCCGCUUCUUGUUCCACAACGGAACCAGCAUUGAGGGCUCAACUGAAUUACAAACCUACCCGCUCUUCGGACAGUCUGAUGUGGAUAUUCCAUGGACACAGUUUGUCGACUCCACCAAGAAGUUUGCUAUCACCUCUCAGGAGCAAUGGUGCCAGGCCUGUGGCAAUUCCACUGGUAUCUGCAGCUCCACCUCCGACUCUUCCACUAAUACCUCAUCGUCCAAUUCAUCUUCCAACGGAGGAAUGAGUCUUGCGGUUGCUGGUGUCAUUGGUGCCAUGGUCACCUUGGGCGUUCUUGCGGGUCUGACUGCCCUGCUUCUUCUCGUUUUCAAUCUCCGGCUGGUGCGCAAGUCUGCACUAACUUCCCGUGGACACGGAUCUGAAUCUUCUUUUACGCCUGUUGCUGAAAAAGCCGCUUGAGUUAGGGGGCUAUGACAGAUGAGACUGGUUGACAAUGUCCAAUUUAUGGAAAACGAAUAAUCCGAUGGACUAUCUUCAUCACUUCACAAUGUUGCUUUCUAAAUUGUUGACAUUCUGCAUCAUCCAUUUCCUGGCUCUCUCUUUCCUUGCCGAGACAGGAGUAUUCACAUUAGUUGAGUUACAUACGAUCAAUGAAAGAACAAAUGAUAUUUACUGCAAGGCAAAGCUCGCAAGUUGGUAAAGAAUUUCGGG